AUGAGCUCUACACGCGUGCACCGCAGCCACCAGGAGCGCGGAGACGGCGCCGUUCCUCUAUAUCCACUAAGUCGCACCUCCAGAACAUCUGGCAGUGCGCGUACGGCUCGCACAGGCCGAAGAGUGAAGCAGGAGCUUCCGGAGGAACAGAAGAAGGAGCUCAGAGAAGCUUUCGAGCUGUUUGACACUGACAAAGUGGGCUCCAUCGACUACCAUGAGCUCAAGGUGUUGAUGCGUGCUCUGGGCUUCCAAGUGUCCAAGCGAGAGGUGCUGGAUCUUGUGGAAGACGUGGAUGUGCAACGUAGUGGUCGCGUGGACUUUAACGACUACAUGGAGAUCAUGCGGCGAAAAGUGCUGGCGAGGGAUCCAGAUGAGGAGAUCGCGCGGGCUUUCGAGCUUUUCGAUGAAGACGGAACAGGCACAAUCACUCUACGGAAAAUGCGUAGGGUGGCAAAAGAAUUGGGUGAAAACCUUGGCGACGACGAGUUGCAAGCCAUGAUUGAUGAGUUCGAUCAGAACCAAGACGGCGAAAUUGACAUGGAUGAAUUUUUCAUGAUCAUGAAACAAUCAACAGAGUUUUAG